AUGGUUCACCUUCGAAUCGGAAUUGAUUCGACAUUGAAUAAUAAAGGGUCAAAGUAUAAUGUAAAACAUCAAAUCGGAAUUGAAAUGGAGCAAUGUAAAACUCUAAUGAAUGUUCUGAGAUGGAGUUAUGAGUUGGUGAGAUAUCACAAUCGAAUAGGAUAUGUAAUGGAAAAUGGGACUGCAACAGGUCUCACCAACAUCAUUUUCCGAAAUAAAUAUUUUAAUACUAUUUUGGGAAUGUUAGGAGAUGUUCAAAAAGGAAUCAUUGAUAUGGCUUGCGGACGAUUUCGAAUGACUCCUGAUCGAGUUGGAACUCUCAAUUUCUCAUAUCCAACGGAAUUCGAAGUUAACCAGGUUUAUUUAAUUUCUGAUCCACAAAAAUCUGAAGAUAUCGGAUUUUUAUUCCGCCCGUUUUCCAAGUAUGUCUGGCUUCUGCUUUCGAUCACAAUCAUUGUCGUCGCAAUUGUGUUUUUUGUGCUUCGCGUCGUCGAAUUCUCUUCAUCCACCGAAACAAUAUACUCGUGCCUGCAGAGUGGAAUGAAUCAACUACUAGGAAGUACUUUUAAUAUCGAAAUCCAUGAUCAUCGACGUUCGACAUUUUUUGCAUUUCACUUUUUCUCUGCAAUUUGGCUACUCGCUUGGUUCCAUGUUUUCGUCGACUAUUAUACCUCGGAAUUGAGCGGAAUGCUCGUUGUUUCAGAUAAGAAGCAAGUCCCUUUUACUGAUUUCUACGGACUUAUUGAUCAUUUGAGGAAAGGAACAUACCGAUUACUCACAACAUCUGGUGACCGAAUGCCAGAAUGUCCAGCGGAGAUUUCUGUGUCGACUUGUCGCGCAUUGUUUCGCGAAAUUUUCGCAAAAUAUCCGCCCAAAAUCGGCGAAAACAGUUUAUUGAAUAAUUUCGAGUUUGUCAACACACAAAAAGUUCCGGUUGUCGGUUUUGGGUGGUAUCCGGCACAAAGAAUUUCAAGUCAAUUUUCGAUUUGGACACAGGAAAAUUUUCAUUCGAAUAUCUGGUUAAUUAAAGAUUUUUCAGUUUGUCCUGCUGCAUAUGUGAUACGGCCAAAGUUCAAACAUAUCGAUGAAUUGAACACGGCAAUUAUAUCAAUGAUGCCCGCGUUUGGUCAUAUUGAUAAUCAUUACACACCGACGUAUCCGGUUCUCUCAUUAUUCGAGAAGCCCACAAAAUCCUCAUUCACUCUCAAUCAACAUUCUUCAGUCUUUGUAUUUCAUUUUUUCGCCACCAUUUUAUCAUCGAUCAUCCUACUCUUGGAAAUUUUCUUUGAUCGGUUGGCAAAAAAUCAAACAGAAGAGGAAUGA